GUGGCUCCCAACGGGCCACAGUCCCUCCACCGCCGGAAAAUUCCAGCAACCAAUCCGCCCCGAACCCUACCCUCUGCCCGGACUCGAGCGGCCGACGAUAUCGUCCUCCCCUUCUGGCAACAGAAUUGGUUCCUUCUACUCCUCUUUCUGAUGGCGCUUUCCUUAUUCGGCCUCGCCAUCUUUCUCUACUUCAGUUUACAGCUCGAAGAGGGAGCCCCUAUUCCUACGUCUGCGGUCGCUUCCGAGGGCGUGGCGAUAUCAUAUGGAACGGUUCUUAAGCUUAUGCACGAGAGGACCAAAUUUCGGCUGCACUCUCAUGAGGUUCCAUACGGGUCAGGGAGCGGACAACAGUCUGUCACCGGAUUUCCCAACGUUGACGAUUCUAACAGUUAUUGGAUUGUGAGGCCUAUACCAGACUCGUCUUCCAAGCAAGGUGACGCAAUACCACAUGGAACUAUUAUUCGUUUGCAACAUAUGAGGACUCAAAAGUGGUUGCACAGCCACUUGCAUGCAUCCCCUAUUUCUGGAAAUUUGGAGGUGAGCUGUUUUGGGGGAGAUGGUCAGUCAGAUACCGGAGAUUACUGGCGGCUUGAGAUUGAAGGGAAUGGAAAUAUCUGGAAACAAGAUCAAAGAAUAAGACUAAAACAUGUUGAUACUCUUGGCUACCUACACAGCCAUGAUAAGAAAUAUACCAGAAUUGCUGGAGGGCAGCAAGAGGUUUGUGGGAUUAGAGAGAAGAAACCUGACAACAUUUGGUUAGCGGCAGAAGGAGUCUAUCUUCCAGUUCAAGGAAGUUGAAUAGCGGCUUAUAUUUUCAAAGCUUCCGAGCUUUAGUUGAGAGGUUCUAUCAUUUCAUGACAUAGUGGUAGGUCUUGCUAUUUUAUUGUUCUCUUCUGUACUAUCAAAUUCUGCAAUAUAUUUUGGGCAGCAGAUUGACUAUAUGUGCAACUGGCCAUCCAUUCUACCAACUAUAUUUUUUAGAGGAUUUGCCUUGUGAGGGUUAUCCAAAGUGGUGCAAAGGGGAAAAAGCCCACAAUAAUCCUCUAAAUUACUAUCUACAUCGACCAAAAAAGCAUAUGAAAGUUCAUUUAUGAACUGAUCCAAACAAGCUUUUUGAUUGGCUCCUCUA